ACACCAUGGCGGGUCCCGUCAGCCUGCGGGAGCUCUUAAUGGGAGCCUCGGCCUGGGCGGGCUCUGAAAGCCCCGGCGGUUCCCCUACCGAAGGCGGAGGCAACGCGACUGGCGCCCCAGAGCCUCCGUGGCGAGAGGAUGAAAUCUGCGUGGUGGGAAUCUUUGGCAAGACGGCUCUACGUAUGAAUUCCGAGAAGUUUUCUCUUGUGAAUACUGUGUGCGACCGACAGGUCUUCCCUCUCUUUCCCCAACAAGAUCCCGGAGAUCCACGGCCUGAAAUUAAGACUGAAGCCGGCGCCCUCGGGGAGGUUGGAGGAGCCGGAGACCCGGGGGCUGCAGCCGGAGAUCCAGUUCGCGGAGGUGUAGCAGCCGCCGAAGGUAACCGAACCGAGCCAAAUUCCCAGGACUUCAGUCUUCUGCAGGCCUAUUACAACCAGGAGAGCAAAGUUCUGUAUCUUCUUCUUACUUCUAUCUGUGACAACUCGCAGCUGCUGCGGGCUUGUCGGGCUCUUCAGAGCGGAGAAGCUGGAGGGGGCCUCUCUUUACCUCAUGCAGAAGCGCACGAGUUCUGGAAGCACCAAGAGAAGUUGCAGUGCCUCAGUCUCCUUUACCUUUUCUCCGUCUGUCAUAUCUUGCUCCUGGUCCAUCCCACGUGUUCCUUUGAUAUCACUUAUGAUCGGGUAUUCAGAGCCCUGGAUGGGCUGAGACAGAAAGUAUUGCCUCUCCUCAAAACAGCCAUUAAGGAUUGCCCGGUUGGCAAAGACUGGAAGCUGAACUGUCGACCUUGCCCACCUAGACUCCUUUUCCUCUUUCAACUCAACGGGGCCCUUAAGGUGGAACCCCCUCGGAACCAAGAUGCAGCUCAUCCAGACAAACCCAAAAAGCAUUCCCCUAAAAGAAGACUUCAGCAUGCCCUGGAGGACCAGAUCUAUAGAAUCUUCCGGAAGAGCCGAGUCUUAACUAACCAGAGCAUCAACUGCCUCUUUACUGUACCUGCCAACCAAGCUUUUGUGUACAUAGUCCCAGGAAGCCAGGAUGAGGACCCAGUAGGCAUGUUGCUGGACCAGCUUAGAAAUCACUGUACUGUGAAGGACGCUGACUCUUUGCUGGUACCUGCACCCCUUUCUGGACCCAGGCGAUACCAGGUGAUGAGACAGCACAGCAGACAACAGCUCUCCUUUCACAUUGAUAGCAGCAGUUCCAGUUCUUCAGGCCAGCUAGUGGAUUUCACUCUUCGAGAAUUCCUUUGGCAGCACGUGGAGCUUGUCCUAAGCAAGAAAGGUUUUGAUGACAGCGUGGGCAGGAACCCACAGCCUUCCCAUUUUGAACUUCCCACCUACCAAAAGUGGAUCUCAGCAGCUGCGAAACUGUAUGAAGUGGCUAUUGAUGGGAAGGAGGAGGAAUUGGGAUCACCCACUGGCGAGCUGACAUCUAAGAUUUUAAGCAGUAUUAAAGUCUUAGAAGGAUUUUUGGAUAUUGACACCAAAUUUUCCGAAAAUCGGUGCCAAAAAGCUUUACCCAUGGCCCAUAGCGCCUACCAGUCCAAUUUGCCUCAUAAUUACACCAUGACGGUCCAUAAGAAUCAGCUUGCCCAGGCUCUUCGAGUGUACAGUCAGCAUGCUAGGGGCCCAGCCUUUCACAAAUAUGCCAUGCAGUUACACGAGGACUGCUACAAAUUCUGGAGCAAUGGCCAUCAGCUCUGUGAGGAGAGGAGUCUAACUGACCAACACUGUGUACAUAAAUUUCACUCCUUACCUAAAGCAGGUGAGAAGCCGGAAGCCGAUAGAAAUCCCCCUGUGCUGUAUCACAAUAGCCGAGCUAGGUCCACAGGCGCCUGUAACUGUGGAAGGAAACAAGCACCACGGGAUGAUCCCUUUGAUAUCAAGGCUGCUAACUAUGACUUUUAUCAGCUUCUGGAAGAAAAAUGUUGUGGAAAACUGGAUCAUAUCAAUUUCCCAGUAUUUGAACCUAGUACUCCAGAUCCUGCUCCCGCCAAAAAUGAACCCUCUCCUGCACCUCUAGAUUCAGAUGCUGAUAAACUUAAAGAGAAAGAACCUCAAACCCAAGGAGAGAGCACAAGCUUGAGUUUAGCUCUGAGUUUGGGACAAUCCACAGAUAGCUUAGGUACCUAUCCAGCUGACCCACAAGCAGGGGGAGACAACCCCGAUGUUCAUGGUCAAGGAGAAGUAAAAACUGAGAAGAGACCAAACUUGGUUGAUCGGCAGGCAUCCACAGUUGAGUAUCUCCCAGGCAUGCUACAUUCAAACUGCCCAAAAGGUCUUCUACCCAAAUUCUCCAGUUGGUCUUUAGUUAAACUAGGCCCUGCUAAGUCUUACAACUUUCAUACAGGUUUGGACCAACAGGGCUUUGUUCCAGGAACAAACUAUCUUAUGCCUUGGGACAUUGUCAUCAGGACUAGGGCUGAAGAUGAAGGUGACUUAGACACAAAUUCAUGGCCUGCUCCAAAUAAAGCUAUUCCUGGAAAGAGAAGUGCAGUUGUAAUGGGAAGAGGAAGACGGCGAGAUGACAUAGCUCGAGCUUUUGUGGGCUUUGAAUAUGAAGACUCUCGAGGUCGGAGAUUCAUGUGCUCAGGACCUGACAAAGUAAUGAAAGUGAUGGGAAGUGGACCAAAGGAAUCAGCUUUAAAAGCCCUAAAUAGUGAUAUGCCCUUAUAUAUUCUGUCAUCAUCUCAGGGUAGAGGGCUAAAACCACAUUAUGCUCAACUUAUGAGGCUUUUUGUUGUGGUUCCUGAUGCUCCUUUGCAGAUAAUACUAAUGCCCCAGGUUCAACCAGGCCCACCACCAUGUCCAGUAUUUUACCCAGAAAAACAAGAAAUCACUCUCCCACCUGAUGGCCUUUGGGUUUUGAGAUUUCCUUAUGCAUAUGUGACUGAGAGAGGACCUUGUUUCCCUCCUAAGGAAAAUGUACAGUUAAUGAGCUAUAAGGUACUCCGUGGAGUUCUUAAAGCAGUGACACAAUAAGGUUUUCCAGCCAAUUCAGUCAACCUGGAACUGGUAUUUGUUAGAGAGAGAGAGAGUGUGUGUGUGUGUGUGUGUAUGUGUGUGUGUGUGUUUGUAUAUGUAUACUGUGGUUUCCCACAACCCAAAAUACUCAAAAUGUUUUUUUUUUUUUAAUUCUGGUUACAGGGUUUCAGUAUUUCGAUAAUAAUUCUACUAUUUCCUUUUGUUGAUAUUUAUUGUAAGUGGUGUUACAAUUUCUCAAUAAAAACUUCUUUUAUAAAACUCAUAAACUA